AUGGCCAUCAAUGUGGAGGGGGAGAUACCUGAUCUACCCACCAGUGAGUGCAUACGUUUGGUGUCUUUCAACAUAAAUGGAUAUAAAACUCUAUCUCAUUAUCAUCCAUGGAACACGUUGAACAAACUAUCGGAAAUUUUCACAUAUCUAAAGGCUGACAUCAUAACGUUCCAAGAACUAAAGCUGCAACGUUCCGAUAUAUCUAAGGACAUAGCUUCUGUUACUGGAUUCACAUCGUUCAUUACCAUCCCCCAGACUAAACGUGGCUACAGCGGUGUGGCAGUAUUUGUCAAGAAUGAUUUACAUGGGUUGAAAGUUACUAAAGUUGAAGAAGGCAUAACUGGUUAUCUCAACCUCUACAACGAGCCAACACAAAACUAUAGAAAAAAAUGGGAUCUCGAAGGAGAAUCAGGCAUAUCCAUUGGUGGCUACACAGACAAUCUAGUUGACUGGAAGGAAGGACAACGUUUGGAUUCCAAUGGCAGGUGCAUUGUAGUAGAACUCAACAAUAAGAUGGUCAUUAUAUCCGUCUAUUGCCCAGCCAAUUCCAUGGGCUCUGAGGUUGAAGAACAGGAUAGAUGUCUGUUCCUUGAGACAUUGUUCAAAAGAGCCGAGAAUCUACAGAGGAUGGGGAAAAAUGUGAUCAUUAUGGGGGACAUCAAUGUUGCUCCGAGUUUGAUCGAUCGUGAUGAUGUUAUCAACGAAGGAUUGAAAGAGGGAACUCUACGGUUGUUGAAAAAUAGAGAUGCUGAUUUUGAGUUGGUGAACAAGGAGAAAGUUAUUGAGUUUAGAAACAGUACGCCAGCAAGGCGAAUAUUACAUGAUUAUUUGUACGAUUAUAAUGAAUUCGAUAAAGAGAAAAACAAGGAGAAAAUCUUAUAUGAUCUAGGAAGGAGUCGAAAUAGGAAACGACUGAAAAUGUACACCUGUUGGAAUACUUUGCUGAAUAACAGACCGAUGAAUAUAGGUUCGAGAAUCGAUUUAUUCUUGGGCACUAAAACAAUUGAAGAAAACAUUCAAGACUGCAACAUAUGGUCGUUUCUUUAUGGGUCUGACCACUGUCCGAUUUACUGUGAUAUCAAUAUCUCAGACACUGAUAUGAAAGACCAGAAGCCAAAAUUGAAGCAUUUCGAAGCCAUGUCUUAUUACGGCUUGAAGACUAGCAAAAGUAUAGACUCCUUUUUCAAGCCAAAACCUUCAAAGAAUGCAACUGAAUCGAAGCCCCCGAGUCCAAAGGCUAACUCAGAGUCGAUAACAAAGCGCUCCUCUACUACACCAUCUUAUAUGAGCCGUAAGAAGCAAAGAGGUCAGUCAACUCUGAUUUCAGUGCUUAAUAAAAAAAAUCGAGAAAGAGAAAAACGUAACUCGGGCUCUCUGUUUGUCUAUAGUGAUGAAGAAUUCAAUGAUGAUCUUGGCUACAGUAAUAGCAGCGAUUGCAAUAAUAGAAAUAAUGGGAAUACUAACAAUAACAAUAAUAAUAUUGGCAGUGAUAACCCUACGCUUCAAACAGAAACUACGCAUGAGGAAAAAUCUCCAAAAUUGACGUCUCUGCAGUUUGCAAAUAUGCUGAAAGAAAACUCAGGGGUCAUACCGAGAUGUGGACAUGAUGAAUUGUGUGUGUUACGACUAGCGAAAAGGGGUUCUAAUGCAGGCAAAAAGUUUUGGUGUUGCUCUAGACCACCUAGAAAUGCCACUUGGGCACAUGAUCAUAACGAAGAUAACGCGGACGAGUCUCAGUUCCAGUGCAAGUUCUUCAAAUGGGCUACACGGUAA